AUGCGCGUUCAAGAUGAUAGGAAGAUUGCGAAGCCAAAAUCGGACCAACACUCACGAGAGAAAAAGCGAGCGAGGACGGAGACUUCGGAAGGUCGCUCGUCGGGAUUGAACGCCGAUGAGGAGGAGUACGACGAGCGUGCGGCGGCGCUGUGGGCCGUAUACGUCCAGGAGGCAGAGUUACACGAUAAGGCUCUGAUAGACGGUUGGAAGGACGACAUGGCCGUGGUGAUAACCUUUGCUGGUCUCUUCUCGGCCACAGUCACCACCUUUCUCGUAGCGAGCUAUCCCAACCUCCAACCCGAUCCGCCCACCCAAACAGAAACUCUCGCUGAACAGAACGUGUUUCUUCUAUCCUUGAUCGUCAGCCAUCUUGGCGCUAAUAGCUCUACGCUACCUUCUGCUCCACCUACACAUCUUGACAGUUUCUCACCUGCCGCAUCCGAUAUACGCGUGAACGUCUGCUGGUCUGUCAGUCUGGUUCUCAGUCUUACCGCGGCACUCUUCGCUACGAUCGUGCAGCAAUGGGUCCGUGACUAUAUGCACAUUUAUCAACGCUAUUCCAGCCAUCUGAAGCGCGCACGCAUUCGGCAAUACUUGUUCGAAGGGGCAGACAAGCACAAAAUGUCAUUCAUGGUCGAUGUCAUACCCACUCUAAUCCACGGGUCUCUGUUUCUUUUCUUCUGGGGUCUAUGCGACAUGUUCUGGCAGAUCAACUAUACGGUGGCUAUCAUGAUAACACUCUCAAUUGCGCUUGCCGUAGUUGUGUACGCGUACACUGUGGUCGCCCCCGUCGUCAAUGCGCAGUCGCCCUAUCAAUCACCCUUGUCUGGUAUCUUCUGGUACUUCUUCCGAGUCGUCAGAAGACGCACAUAUAGCGACAAAACAACCGGCGGUUAUGAGCGACCGAUCAGCAGCAACAUGUCGGAUGGUCGAGUGCAGCUUGCAAUGAAUAAUUGCAAGAGCCGCUGUGAGCGGGAUGCGCGGGCUAUCUGCUGGGUUGUAGACAAUCUUACGGAGGACAACGAACUCGAGCCUUUUCUUUCCGGUAUCCCUGGAUCGUUGAGCACCAGAUGGGGCAAAGAAGUCUGGGCGGAGGUGGCCGCCCAAACUACCGACCGCCGGAGAAAGGCUGAGACGUCCGCGGUGCCCGACGAUGAUCGACACGACUCGUCCCCAUUCUCGUUGUCAUCAACAGAUACUGUCAUCGACCUCAGCGGUCGUAUCACACGUCUACUGCGUACAUGCAUUGACCCGGGCAUUCUUGACCCACACUCGCGUAGGCGACGUGCUCGCGCUUGCGUUGAUGCGGCUUUGUCUCUGGUUCUCAAUAUGAAGAAGGGAAAGUGGCAGUGGUUCGCCGACAAGGAGGUCAUGGCCAUGACACUUCAUUACCUCGCAGACAAGGCCAAUCACCCGUCCGACUUGGGUCCGGACGCACUUCCCUUGGCGGACCCUGCCUUUCGACACCGUUGGUUAUGCAUGUCAAUCAUGACUGUCCAUGCUCUACUUGAGGAUGUCCGCGUACACGAAGCCGCCAAUCGUGUCGUACAAAGUCUUGCCAAUGCCUGUGGUGAAUCGGAGCAACUCUCCGCAGAAAGCGCUGCGAUGAAGUCUUCCGCAAUGCUUGACAAGCUUGUGAAGAAGGCGUGGCACGCCGGCCGCGUUCUACGCGAUACGCUCGAUACGGUUGAUGCGCCUGGGGAGCGCCUAGCGGAGGUUCUAGAAGAGCACAACGAGAAUGUCGCCGAACUUGAAUACUGCUGGAAUAUCCUCGGAUGGGCCAAGCCCGUGGACGACGCCGUCCGCUCAGUGGUACAGGUCGUGUCGGAGGUCACAGAGCGCAUUCUGACGCUCUUGCCUGGUGCCAGCAUCGCAACAUCGCUCCCUGUUACCUCUCCAGACGUCGGGUAUGGCGUACAAAACGCCAUGAUGCCCCACUUCUUGAUGCCCGUGACAAUGACGCGUCGGUUGACUGAGACCGCCUGGUGUCUUCGCGACAUACAAACUGCUACCUGGGAGGCGUAUUCUCCCAAACCAGACAAACUCGUGAAUCUCAGCCCGGAGGAGCUUUACGGGGACGACAUGCGCCGACGCAUGAGUGCAGUAGCAGCGGGCCGCGAAGGGACUGUGCGCCCAUUCCGGGAACAGCUUUGGCGGCUACAAGACUUGGCCGUGAAGCACGGCGGGACUCUAUAUGUCCUGGAUCUGCUCUUCAACGCCCUACGAUCGACUCCUACGAAGCAGACUCCCGAUAGCGAGGAACUUUACGUUGGGACUUUCAGAGCGGUGACUACAAAUUGGAGGAAACGUUGUGAUUCAGAAGCAUUCCAAGCCGGCCUCGUUGCUCAACUGCGCGAUGUUCUCUGGAGAGACGCAAUCGGCACCGCACCACCAGUUCCUCGUCUCCCAUCCUAUAUCAUCGACGAGAUGUUACGAUUGGUAUCGGACGUAUUCAUGUCAACUAAGACACCCAAUACGGCACUCAUCGACGAGGCUGUCAGUGCUGUACAGGAGUUUGCUUCUCUCUCAGCAAUCCCCAUCACAACCAAAAGCUCGAUACAUGACUUUCUUAGUAGAGUUAGGCCACCUAGGACAGUGACAGGGUCUGUAGUGCACGUGAAGAUACCAUAG